AUGGCGGCGUUUCUAUUUGGACGAUCAACCGAUCUCCCCUGGCCCCAGGGUGACAGUGGCAACAGCUCCGACACGAUCCUCAGCGGUGUUCAUUUUAACCUCUCGACCCUUCAAUUCUUCAACUAUACGCUUUACGGCAAUGAAACGCUCUCCAAUGGCUCCAGCUGUUAUAUGAAUACCCCAAAACUCAUCGCUGACUACCUCUACGAAAACGGUUCCUUCGUCAAUUCGACGACAUGUUACAAGGCUAUCGAUCCGAUCGGGACACGCGGUAUUACGGGUAUCGCGAUGUGCGCUGCCUUUGGUGUCGCUCUCGUUCUCUCCCUUACGACUCUAGCUAAGCAUGGCAAACUGUAUAUUCCCAAGGACUCAAGGUUUUACCCUAUUGGUAGGAGAUGGCAAUGGUAUUGGGCCUUCUUCGUAUGCGGUUGCGCUUUUGCUGGUCUCAUUCUCAAUGUUGACGUGGACCGCUACCGUGUUCAGGAAUUGCCCAUUAUCGUCACCACCUUCUUCUACUACCUGAUGUCCCUCGGAACUGUCUGUGUGGUCUGGGAAGCUGUUCGUCACUGGGGAAGUUGGUUGGAGCGGCAAUACGUGGAUCCCAACCCAUUCAUUCUCCCUGAUGACGACCGACGCUCCAAAAUCGAGUUUUAUCUACCGCUCUGGUUUUACUUGAUUGCCUGGAUGAAUUUCUUCAUGGUCAUACCCCGAAACUGGACAUUUGCGUACAAGCAAAAUGACCCUGAGCAGAUGGCAACCGAGGCUGAGCCUGCCGCUACUGGCCCCCGAUUCAAGGCCGCCGCCUUUUUACUCUUCGUCUGCUGGCUUACCACCUGUUUCUCCAUGUGGCACUCCAUCAAGCACUACAAGCCCCGCAACCGUGGAUUCUUCAACCGAUCUAUUGGGCUUGUUCGGGCUAUUCCUCUCCGUUUCCUGUUGAUCCUCCCACUCUGCUUGGGUGUUGUUGGAUAUCAAGCCUUGAUCUCUUUCCAGUUCCAAUACUCAGUGGUCAAGGCCGAUGGACCCGUGCCCAUUAUCUACGGCUGGGGUUAUGGCUGCCCGCUAUUGAUUCUAUUUAUCCAAAUUCUUUACGGCUGGGCCAGUCCUAACGAGGACAAGGAGCUGAUCAGGCUGCGCAGAGAGCGCGGACAAGCUUCUGACCGUGAAUUGGGCAUUACAAGAAAGCCUGCUUGGUGGAGUCGCGUCCGAGGUGAUCACAUUGUUGGAUCCUUCCGUGAUAGACUUCUCAAGAACGUCCAGGAAAUUGGACCCACCCAAGGAACUGGCCGCAGAGAAGAGGGGGAGAUGGAGAGGCACAUCCGAGAAAACAUGCGGGACGAAGCUAGGGAUGAAGAUGGUGACAUUGAGCUGCCCAAUCUUCGCAAGAAUGAAUACAACCCCCGCGAGGACAGGGCGGGCGUUAGCAACAUUAGGCGAAAAUCUGCCGUUGGUCCUGAUGGCGAAGAGCGAUUGGACCGCGCGACGACCGAUCGCGUAAUCAACCUUGCGUCCAACAUCCUUUUCCCAAAUCCCGAGGAAGUCGAAAAGAGAGACCGCGAGGCUGAGCUCGAGCGAGCCCGUCGUAUUGCCUACCUCCAGGAGGACGGCCCUGCGCCACCAUCAUACUCGGAGCAGCAGAGAUCAAGGAGGACAAGCAACGGAACGCUCAACUCCGUUAACGCUCCUCCAACCCAGGUCCGAAGCAUGUUAGAUCUCUAG